AUGGCUAAGAAGGCAAUCGAUUCACGUAUCCCUGCGUUGAUCAGGAAUGGUGUUCAAACGAAGCAAAGAUCCUUCUUCGUCAUCGUAGGUGAUAAAGCACGUAACCAAUUACCAAAUUUACAUUACUUAAUGAUGAGUGCCGAUUUGAAAAUGAACAAAUCAGUCCUAUGGGCAUAUAAGAAGAAAUUGUUGGGAUUCACUUCACAUAGAAAGAAAAGAGAAGCAAAGAUUAAGAAGGAAAUCAAGAGAGGAACAAGAGAAGUUAAUGAUCAAGAUCCGUUUGAAACUUUCAUUUCAAAUCAAAAUAUUAGAUAUGUAUAUUAUAAAGAAACAGAAAAGAUUUUGGGUAAUACGUAUGGGAUGUGUAUUUUACAAGAUUUUGAAGCAUUGACUCCUAAUUUGUUGGCAAGAACUUUGGAAACCGUGGAAGGAGGUGGGACUAUUGUGAUCCUUUUGAAAUCAAUGACUUCUUUGAAACAAUUAUAUACUAUGACUAUGGAUGUUCAUUCUCGUUAUAGAACUGAAGCACAUGGGGAUGUAGUGGCAAGAUUUAAUGAAAGAUUUAUUCUUUCAUUGGGGUCAAAUCCGAAUUGUUUGGUGGUAGACGAUGAAUUGAAUGUCUUGCCAAUUUCAGGUGCUAAGAAUGUUAAACCAUUACCGCCAAAGGAUGAUAAUGAAUUAACACCUAAACAAGUAGAAUUAAAAGAUCUAAAAGAAUCGUUGGAAGAUGUUCAACCUGCAGGUUCAUUGGUUGGAUUAUCCAAGACUGUAAAUCAAGCUCAUGCUAUCUUAUCUUUCAUUGACGCUAUUUCAGAAAAAACUUUAAAUUCAACUGUAGCAUUAACAGCAGGAAGAGGUAGAGGUAAAUCUGCAGCUUUAGGUGUUUCCAUUGCCGCCGCGGUGUCUCAUGGAUAUUCUAACAUUUUCGUCACAUCUCCAUCUCCAGAAAAUUUAAAGACUCUUUUCGAAUUUAUCUUCAAAGGUUUCGAUGCCCUAGGUUACCAAGAACAUAUUGAUUAUGAUAUUAUUCAAUCUACAAAUCCUGAUUUCAACAAAGCUAUUGUUAGGGUCGAUAUUAAGAGAGGUCAUAGGCAAACCAUCCAAUAUAUCAUUCCACAAGAUUCUCAUGUCUUGGGUCAAGCUGAAUUAGUUGUAAUCGAUGAAGCUGCAGCCAUCCCAUUACCAAUUGUUAAGAAUUUGUUAGGUCCAUAUCUAGUAUUCAUGGCUUCUACAAUCAACGGUUACGAAGGUACUGGUAGAUCCUUAUCAUUGAAAUUAAUUCAACAAUUACGUACCCAAUCAAUUUCCACUGGUCGUGAACAAUCACAAACAGAAAUUAUUUCAAGAGAUAACGCCAAACAAAACAACACGUCAUCAUCAUCAUUAAGCGGUUCUCAUCGUCAAUUAAAGGAAAUUUCAUUAGAUGAACCAAUUAGAUACGCCCCAGGUGAUCCAAUUGAAAAAUGGUUAAAUAAAUUAUUAUGUCUAGACGUCACAUUGAUUAAGAACCCAAGAUUUGCCUCCCGUGGUACUCCACAUCCAUCUCAAUGUAACUUAUUCGUCGUCAACAGAGAUACAUUAUUCUCAUACCAUCCGGUCUCAGAAAAUUUCUUAGAGAAAAUGAUGGCAUUGUACGUUGCAUCACAUUACAAAAAUUCUCCAAAUGAUUUACAGUUAAUGAGUGAUGCGCCAGCGCAUCAAUUAUUCGUCUUAUUACCACCAAUUGACCCUAAGGAUGGUGGUAGAAUUCCAGACCCAUUAUGUGUCAUUCAAAUUGCACUAGAAGGUGAAAUUUCCAAACAAAGUGUUAGAAACUCAUUGUCAAGAGGUCAAAGAGCUGGUGGUGAUUUGAUUCCAUGGUUAAUCUCUCAACAAUUCCAAGAUGAAGAGUUUGCUGGUUUGAGUGGUGCUCGUGUUGUUAGAAUUGCAACUAAUCCUGAAUAUUCCUCAAUGGGGUACGGUUCUCGUGCCAUUCAAUUAUUAAGAGAUUAUUUUGAAGGUAAAUUCACUGAUAUGUCCGAAGAAACUCAUCCAAAGGAUUAUUCUAUCAAAAGAGUUAGUGAUAAGGAAUUGGAGAAGACUAACUUGUUAAAAGAUGAUAUUAAAUUGAGAGAUGCAAAGACUUUACCUCCAUUAUUAUUGAAGCUUUCUGAGCAACCGCCUCAUUAUCUACAUUAUUUGGGUGUAUCUUAUGGUUUAACACAGUCAUUGCAUAAGUUUUGGAAAAAUAAUAAAUUCGUGCCAGUUUACUUACGUCAAACUGCUAAUGAUUUAACUGGUGAACAUACCUGUGUCAUGUUAAACGUUUUAGAAGGUAGAGAAAGUAAUUGGUUAGUAGAGUUUGCUAAUGAUUUCCAUAAGAGAUUUUUAUCUUUACUAUCGUAUGACUUCCAUAAAUUUACAUCAGUACAAUCUUUAAGUGUUCUUGAAAGUAGUAAAAAGGCACAAGAAUUACGAGAUGAUCAAACAAGUCAUAUCAAGGAAUUGAAUAAGACACAGUUAGAUGAUAUCUUUUCUCCAUUUGAUUUGAAAAGAUUAGAUAGUUAUGCUAAUAACUUACUAGAUUACCAUGUUAUUGUCGAUAUGUUACCAAUGUUGUCAUUGCUAUAUUUUGGCGGUAAAAUGGGUAAUUCAGUUAGUUUAUCAAGUGUUCAAAGCGCUAUUCUUUUAGCUAUUGGGUUACAACGUAAAAGUAUCGAUAAUAUAUCCAAAGAGUUAAAUUUACCGGCAAAUCAAACCAUUGCAAUGUUUGCUAAAAUAAUGAGAAAAUUCUCCGUUUAUUUCCGUCAAGUUUUGAGUGAAUCUAUUGAUCAAUCAUUACCGGUUCUUCAAAACGAUGAAAUUGCAGAAAUGAAUGGUGAAGAGAUUAAACAGUAUAAUGCUGCAGAUGCAUUAGACCAAAUGGAAGAAGAUUUAGAAGAAGCUGGUUCAGAAGCUGUUAAGGCAAUGAAGGAAAAACAAAAGGAGUUGAUUAAUUCAUUGAAUCUAGAAAAAUACGCUAUUAAUGAAAAUAGUGAAGAAUGGGAACAAUCGAAGAAUAGUCUAGAGAAAGCUGCCAAAAGUAAAGGUGUAGUCAGUGUCAAGACAGGUAAAAAGAGAACCACAGAACAUGCCGAAUCUAUUUACAAAGAAGAGAUGAAAGCUAUAAAGAAAAGUAAAAAACGAAAAAAAGUAGUAAAUAAGAAUACUCAAUUCAUUCAAGUGUAA